AUGUCUAUCCCAUGCGUGGGAAGCACAGCAAAAUCGAGGGAUUCACUUGAGAGGGUCCAAAGACGCGAUCGAGGAAAACGGGGAAAUCGUUUCAUCAUUAUAAUAUUGUUGAGUUUACCUUUCGGGCGAGCGGCUCCUCCUUUCAGCGAGAAUCUCACAUCACACUGAUUUUUGUCACUGUGCAGGACAGAGCAACGGCAUCGUGGAGCUAUGAACAAGUCGCUAGUGGUGAACGACUCUUCUGCAACUCCUUUGGCUGGAGAAGCUCUCCCGUGGAUAGAGGCUGAGUCUUUGGACAACAACGGCAGUCUGGAAUUCUCCACUGCCGCGUUAGAUUUCCCUAUCAACCCGUGGGACAUCAUGCUCUGCAUGUCAGGCACUGUCAUCGCCUGUGAGAACGCCAUAGUGGUAGCAAUCAUCUUCUACACACCCACGCUGAGGACUCCCAUGUUUGUGCUGAUCGGGAGCCUGGCCACAGCCGACCUGCUGGCUGGCAUGGGAUUAAUCCUGAACUUUGUGUUUCAGUAUGUGAUCUCCUCUGAGACUAUCAGUCUUAUUACUGUAGGCUUUUUAGUGGCCUCUUUCACUGCAUCCAUUAGCAGCCUUUUAGCCAUCACUGUAGACCGUUACUUCUCUCUCUACAAUGCCCUGACAUACUUCUCAGAGAAGACACUGCAGUACGUUCACCUGAUGUUAGUGGGCACCUGGGGGGUGUCACUGUUCCUGGGCUUGCUGCCAGUUCUCGGCUGGAACUGCUUGGACGAGCCGGCCUCCUGCAGCAUUGUCCGCCCUCUGACCCGGAGCAACGUCAUGCUCUUGGCAACCUCCUUCUUCGCCAUCUUUGUACUUAUGCUGACCCUUUACUUCAAGAUCUGCAAGAUUGUGUGCCACCACGCCCACCAGAUUGCCCUCCAACAGCACUUUUUUGCCACUUCGCAUUACGUCGCCACCAAGAAAGGGGUGUCCACUUUGGCCAUCAUCUUGGGGACUUUUGGUGCCAGCUGGCUUCCCUUCGCCAUCUACUGUCUUGUGGGUGAGAGAGAGUAUCCAUCAGUGUACACCUAUGCCACGCUGCUGCCAGCCACCUACAACUCCAUGAUCAACCCCAUCAUCUACGCCUACAGAAACACAGAGAUCCAGCGCUCCAUCUACAUGCUUCUCUGUGGCUGCUUUCAAGCCAAUGGGUCCUACCGGUCCAGGUCCCCAAGUGAAGUCUAAAAAGGUGCUACAGCUUAGUGUGUGUGUGUGUGUGUGUGUGUGUGUGUGUGUGUGUGUGUGUGUGUGUGUGUGUGUGUGUGUUUGUGUGUGUGUGUGUGUGUGUGAGAGAGAGAGAGAGAGAGAGAGAGAGAGAAAGAGAGAGAGAAAAAGCGCAUGUGUGUGUUAAAGGCCGAGCAAAAAGACAAACCCAGUAAUCAUCGACAAUCUGCUUACAGUUGACAGUGAAUGCUUUACAAAAAAAGCAGGUGUGAUGCUAGAAAUGUGUCUGUCAUGCAUACUGUAUCUGCACUUUACUAGCCUAUGUCUCAACACAAGUUAGGGGGAGAGUUUGGAAAUGCUGUGAACAAGAACGUUUGUUUUUUUUUUUAAAAAAAGAUUAAACAAACCUGUGAAUGUACUUAAGUGAAAAAAGGAAUGGAAAUCUUGCACUUUAUUCAGUGUUUUUUCAAAUGCCAAAGCAGUAUUGUA